ACGGACGGCGGGCGGGUUCCCCUCAGAGCGCCCGGCCCGGCCCCGCGAUGCCGCUGCAGCCGCGGCUGCUCCGCACCUACUCCCGGCGCGCCGGCUACCUGCGCCCGCUGCCGCCGCCCGACCGAUGGAUCUCGCCGCCGCAGGACCGCAAGCGGCUUUUCAGCUCCACCACCUCCAGCGCCGCCUCMGCCGCCUCCAGCGCCCUCUCCGCCUCCAGCGCCGCCUCCCCGCCCUCGGACGACCCCGAGUUCUUGCCGCCCGCCAAGCAGCGCUCGAAGGCCCCGGGUAAGCGCCCCGCCUUGGCCAGGCGCCUGCGGACCCGUAAAAAGGAGAACCGGGAGCCGGCCGGGAAGGAGAACCGGGAGCCGGCGGGGAAGGAGACCCGGGGCCGAGGGAAGGAGAACCGGGAGCCGGCGGGGAAGGAGACCCGGGGCCGAGGGAAGGAGAAGUGGAGCCGGAAGAAAGAGCCGCGGGGCCGGAGAGAGGAGCCGCCGUCCCUCUCCGCGCCCUCCUUGUCGCCGUCCCCGCCGCGCGGUUCGCGGAGCCGCCGGCAGGGCCCGCUGUGCGCGGCGCGGCGGCCGCUGCUGUGCAGCACCCCGCAAUGGGCCUCGCAGCCCCGCCGCGCCGCCCUGCCCGCCCUCGGGCCGCCCGUGCUGCUCAGCUCCACCGCCGACAGCGGCUCGGCCUUCGAGGACAGCCCCCGGCCCCGCCGCCGCCGCCGCCGGCCCGGCCCGCCCGUGCGGCUCAGCUCGCUGCUGCUCAGCACCACCAUCGAGAGCGGCUCGGAGCUGGAGGAGCCCGAGGAGUGCUCCGGGCAGCGCCCGUCGCUGCUGCGCGCUGGGGAGGAGGUGCCUGAGUGGUUCCGACCAAAAGGCACGGCUGGGAGCUGUGAGCCCGAGCCGGGGCUGCGGGGCUCCCGCCGUGUUCUGAGGUCGUCGGCGCGGGGAUCCUGCCGGGCACAAGCUCCCCCGUCCCCCCAGAAAAUCCCAAGCCCUCCCCAGGCAAUGCUGCCGCUCACUGAGGGUGAGGGUCAGCCACAGCCCCCUGCACCCUGUGGCAGUGCCACUCGUGGGGAACCCUGUGAGGUUCCAUCUCUCAUGAGAGAUUCCGCAAAAAGAAGCUCGAGCURUCACAGAGACCUAGCCAAGGAAUACCAGCUUGUGCCAGUGGUGGUCCUGGACCCUCUGGAAGUGGCAGUGAGGUUGAAGAGCAUGAAACUCAACAAAGAGGCUGAUGUUCAACCUGCCUGGCAGCAGCCAGCAUCUCCCGUGGGCUGCCAAGGGUUCUUGGAGAACACACACAAAAGGACCAAGGGUGUCCCUGCGGAGGGCAGCACUUGCAGGAAAGCUUGUAUCAGUGGCUUCAGUGCCAGCCGCUGGGGCAAGCACACGAGGCUCCGGACAAAAAAGCACAAGAACAAGAGACAGCAGCAGCCCAAUAACUCGUUUUUCAGACCCCAGGUGAGGCAAAAACGAGCUCGGAAGGGUGCUCUGGAAAUGUCUGUAGAUGUAAGAGACUAUUCACUCCGCAACAGCUCUUAUUCCUGGGCUAGAGUUCGAGCAUCUCUGUCCUUCCAUAAAAAGAAGAAAGUGACCACAGAUGAGAGUUUCUGCAACAGCAUCCUCUAUACCCCUUCAGGGAAAUCCCAGCUUUCGGGGUCCCAAGCCAGCCUGUCUGCUGGUAAAGCUCUGGGCUCCUCCUGGAUUKCUUCCUCCAUGGUCCUGCUGGCCCCCAGGGAUUCCUGUUCUGCCCUGGAGCUGCUCCUUACAGAUGCCGAGAAGGUGUUUGGGGAGUGCAACCAGGAAGGGCCAAUUACUUUUGAGGAAUGCAUUCCUUUAGAUAAGAUGAAAGAUUGCAAGAAAAUUGGAGAAGGGGUGUUUGGAGAGGUGUUCCAGAUUGACAGCGAGAGAGGACCUGCGGCCUUAAAAAUAAUUCCCAUUGAGGGGACUGAAAAAGUGAAUGGUGAAAAUCAGAAGAGCUUUGGGGAGGUUUUGCCUGAGGUUAUAAUUUCAAAAGAACUCAGUCUUCUGUCUGAGGGCUCUGUGAACARAACUGUGGGGUUCAUCAGCGUGUACUCUGUGCACUGCGUCCAAGGGGCCUAUCCCAGGUAUCUCCUGGAAGCCUGGGACAAAUUCCACAAAGAAAGAGGAUCACAAAACGACCGGCCAGACCUUUUUGGGGACCAGCARCUCUUCAUGGUUCUGGAGUUUGAAUUUGGAGGCGAGGACUUGGAGCACAUGAGAAGCAGCUUCUCCUCGGUGGUGUCAGCGAAAAGCAUUUUACACCAGGUCACCGCRUCCCUGGCGGUGGCAGAGCAGGAGCUGCACUUCGAGCACAGGGACCUGCACUGGGGSAACGUGCUGGUCAAAAGGACAGACGUGAGGACGCUGCAGUAYGUGCUGGAUGGGGCAACACACACCAUCCCCACUGCAGGGAUCCACGUCAACAUCAUCGACUACACCCUGUCCCGCCUGGAGAAGGAUGGCUUAACCGUGUUCUGYGACAUUUCCACCGACGAGGAGCUCUUCCAAGGUGCUGGGGAUUACCAGUUUGACAUCUACAGGCAGAUGAAAGAGGAGAACUCCAACAGCUGGGGUGACUAUCACCCGCACAGCAACGUCCUCUGGCUGCACUAUUUGGCUGAUAAACUUUUGAAUGCCAUUAGUUACAAGACAAAAAAAMCAACUUCUUCCAUGAAGAAAAUAAAGAUGCAGCUCACCAAGUUCCACAAGGAAGUGCUGACCUUUGAGUCUGCCCAYGACGUUCUGCACCACAGCAGCCUCUUCCAGUGAGCAGGGGUCCAAGGAUUAAGCUACUGGUGCUGCCUUUCUCCUCUACUUUUUGUAUGUGUUGGCACAAUGAAGUGUGAUGAUUGGUUCUCAAUGUGUACAAUACAAAUAUUGAAAAUGUCCUAAAAAAUCCCCCCCCCAAUGUCUUCUGCCCUGUUUCCAUAUCUACUGUUUUUUGAAGCAUGUUGGAGGGGAGAGAACAGAAAACAGAGCUGGAUUUGGAGGAAGGAGGGGAAAAAAGACUUCUUCAGGCUCAAUGCUCUGAAUUUCACAUACAUUUUCUUACUAUUUUAGCCUUAGAUUAUUAAAAGUUCUUUUUUUUUUUUACUGUAUUGUCUUUCUUACAAAUUCUUUUUUUAAAGGAAAAAGCCUUUCGGUUCUGAACAGUGGGGACAAGGGUAAAUAUUGUUGGUUCACUGAAGACAGAGGGGAAAUCCCACCCUUUGAUUUAAUUCUGGCAAAAWUUGUACCUGUAAUGAUAGUACACAAUGUAAAUAUGUCAAGUUUCUGUARAGGGUUUAAAGCCCACUAAUCUGUGUUUUCCCCUUUUCUUAAGGACCAAGGAAGWGGUACCUGAUUGUGAAAAAAUAAGACAAAGUACCUGUGUUCCUGAAUUUUGAUGGUUAUGAUGUUGUGUCCUUGUAUUCUGAUAGGAACUCAAAUUUGUAACCUGAUGGUGGCACUGAAGCCAUUUCUCCAUUUUUCUGCAGAAGAAAAUGCACGAGGUGAUAAAUGUUCUUUAGCCCUGUCUGCACAUGGCCCAGGUGCCCUAAACUGGAAGCUGUCCUUACAUUAAAUCCCAAUUCCCUGUUUUCAAGAAGUCCUUUUCUAACAUUCCUUUUUAAUAAAGAAACUGGGCUAAAGAGAGUAAUAAAUCAAGCAAAAGUGAAAUGUGAAUUGAAUUACUAUCCAAUGACACAAAUGCAUUAAGAAAUUGAGAGGCAGCAUCAUUGAAUUCUUUAUAGCUGGAAUGCUCUCUGUGCAGUCUAAUAAAUAAAUAUUGUAAAUGUGCAUCUCAAGGAUGCAUCUUUGAGUCUCUCCUGAAAUCUCCUUUUUACAAAUUCCACAAGGAGACCUUGGGAUGGUUUUAUUGUUCUGCCUUCCAGACACUGCAGAAAGUGACCUGAAAAUCUGCAGUGCUUCAAAUUAUGAAGAUGGAAAUUGUGCUGGAAUCUUCCCAGGCAUCCUCUCACCUUUUUUUUUCCUCUAAUUGAAUAAAGUAAUGCACUGUAAUUGAAUAGUCUUAAAACCCACUUGGUAAGGCCUGCAGUGAAUGCUUAUCUGACAUCAAGGAGUGUUCCUCAGUCACAAUGGUGCUAAUUUCAUUAAUGUUUAAAAAAAAAAAAGAUGGAUGAAACCACGUUAUUUUUACCUCUCUUGGUCUUUUGUUUCUGUGGUUUGAGAGCUGAUUUUGGCUGUGCAGGAGGGAUGGGACAGCAGCAGGAAUAAACGCCAGGAGAGGUGACACMCCCCAGGGGGACAUGGUGCAGCAACGCUGAAGAUUCUGAAAGCUGAAACCUUGAAAUGUUUCCCUGCAAGCCAAUUUGCUGAUUUGUGAACAGGUAGUAAUUUUCAUUAAUCAAAAUGUAAAGCUUUUACCUCUUACAAAACUGGACAUUAAAUUAAUAUAGAAAUCUUUGCCUUAAACUGUGCUUGCAAGGAAGUGCAGCUGCCAGAGCUGAGCCCUCAUUUCCUUUUUAAAGAUUCUCUCUGAUUAAAAAAAUACAGAAAAAAUGCUGUGUACUAAUCAGCCCUCAUAAAUUUUAAUGGGAGGAUGGUGACAAAAAGGGAAUUGGAAUAGUAAAUUUCCCCUAAUCAAGUAAAAUGCCCUGAGCAUAUGUUUUCAUCUGAGUGAAAGCUUUACUUGGAACAGAGCUGGGUUAUAUAUUUUAAAGAUCUGUUCUCCUUGCUGAGGAAGGAGGGUGCCAGAACCCAUUUUGCCCCUCUAGAAAAGUUUUUUAAUGCACACUGCAGCUAAAUUAGGGCUUAAAGGGUGCUCCAUCUUUUACUGAAAUAAGGAAGUUUGAGCAAAGCUAAAAUUAUCCUGUGAGAGGGAAAGAUWUUUCACACUGAUCCAAAGGCUUUAGGAGGCUGAAAGAAUCAAGCCUAGUUUUGUGAACUGGCGAGUCAGAUGGAUUCCAGGUAGGAAUUCUGGUGUUUCCAGGUCACUGGAUUUUGUGGUGAUCUCAAAUCUCAAAUUUUUAUCCUAUUUUGAUGGAAAAGACUGAUAAAAUACAGACUACCCUGUGAAUACGCUGUAACUUACCAGGAUACUGUUACAAUAUGUAAUUUUUGCUCAUUCCUUUCUGGAAAACUGAUACAUUAAAUGCAGGAAUAUGAAAAUUCUCUCUCGACUUGAGAAGCUGCACUCCAGCCAUGAGCUGAAUGAGAGGGAAGAGCAGCUCUGGCCUCGGUGUA